AUGUCUGAUUUUAAAAAAUAUAUUGUUACUUUGAAAGAAAAUGUUAGUGAAGCUGAUGUUUCCACUGUUAAACUGAAAAUUGGAGAGUUAGGUGGGUCCAUCACCAGUGAAUUUUCUCUUAUUAAAGGUUUUGUUGCUAAUCUUCCUUCAAUUCACUCUUCCUCUAUAAAAGAACAUGAACAUGUUGCUAGUAUCGAAGAGGAUAAAGAAAAUGCUGCAACCAAUUCAUCUUAUGCUGCUGGUCCAACAUUAGAUGAAUAUCCUCAAAUUAGUUAUCAACCAAAUUUCAAACCGGUUGACCAUCUUUUCCAAGAAAGAUUACGUCAAUUCACCGAUACUGGUGGUCAGUAUCCUGAAUUGAACUUACCUCAUUUCUAUGAUAUCGAUAGAGUCGAUACUAACACUCCUCAUUUAAAUAUUAAGGUUUGGAAAGUCCCCGAUGGCCCCAAUGGAGAAACCGAGCGUCCUUUAUUCAAAGAAAUUGAUUUUGAUAAUAUUGAUUGGCAAGAUGCAAAUAAAGGUAAUUCUUUUGGUCCUUCUUGGAAAACUUUUUGGUUUAAAAUUGAAUGGGAAAUUCCUUCGAAAUGGCUUGAAAAUAAAAAUUUAAAGGAAAUUCAUUUCCAAUGGGAUUGUAAUAAUGAAGGUUUAAUCUAUUCUAAACACGGUCUUCCUUUACAAGCUUUCACUGGUGGGGGAGAACGUACUGUUUACUCUAUCCCCAAAGAACAUUGGUCCUCGAAAAAACAAUUAUAUUACUUGGAAAUGGCCUGUAAUGGUAUGUUUGGGACUGGGGAUAGUGGUCAUCCUGAUCCAAAUAGAUAUUUUAGAUUGGAUAAAUGUGAUUUGGUCUUACCCAAUGUUGAUGCUCGUAGAUUAUACUGGGAUUUUUGGAUCAUUGGUGAUGCUUCUCGUGAAUUAAGUGGUUGGCAAAAAUUUCAAUCAAAUACGGUUGCAAAUGAAAUUAUGAAUGUUUUCGAUCCAAAUGAUCCCGAUUCGGUCUUAAAAGGUAGAGAGUUGGCUACUAAAAUCUUGGGUGACAAAGUCGACCUGGAAGAUGUGUUUGAUGACGAUAAAAGAAUUGACGUUUAUGCAGUUGGUAAUUGUCAUAUUGAUACUGCUUGGUUAUGGCCUUGGGCUGAAACUAAACGUAAAAUUGUAAGGUCCUGGACAACCCAAUUGAAAAUCGCUGAUACUUACCCUGAAUACGUUUUUGUUGCUUCUCAAAUGCAACAAUUUAAAUGGCUAAAAUUAUACCAUCCAGAAAUUUUAGAUAAAAUUAAAGAUAAAUUCACCACUAAUCAAUUCUUACCAGUAGGUGGUUCGUGGGUAGAAAAUGAUACUAAUUUACCAAAUGGUGAAUCCUUAAUUAGACAAUUCUUAUUGGGUCAAAGAUUUCAAUUAAAUGAGUUUGGCUUAAAGGCAACUACUUUCUGGUUACCUGAUACUUUUGGUUAUUCUUCUCAAAUUCCUCAAAUUUGUCAAUCGGUUGGUAUUGGUAGAUUUUUAACUCAAAAAUUAAGUUGGAAUAAUAUUAAUACUUUCCCAUUAUCUACUUUCAAUUGGGUUAGUCUUGAUGGUUCUCAAGUUUUGGUCCAUAUGCCUCCGGCUGAUACUUAUACCGCAAGUGCUCAUUUUGGUGAUGUGAUUAGAUCGCAAAAUAAUCAUAAGAACUUACGUGAUGUUCCAACCGGAUUAUUAUUAUAUGGUCACGGUGACGGUGGUGGUGGUCCAACUGAAGAAAUGGUUGAAAAAUUAAGAAGAUGCAAAGGUUUGGCUGAUACCGUUGGGGGAAUCCCUACAGUCCAUGUCGGAAACACCGUUGAUGAUUUUUAUGAAAACGUUUUGGAAAGAUCUAAUCAAGGUAGCGACUUACCUUCUUGGAGAGGUGAAAUUUAUUUAGAAUUUCAUAGAGGUACUUAUACUUCUCAAGCUGAUAUUAAAAAAUUCAAUCGUUUGGGUGAAGUAAAACUCCAUGAUUUAGAACUUAUUGCCUCUUAUGCUUCAAUUGUUAACCUGAAUUAUGAUUAUCCAGCAAAAGAAUUGGUUUCCUUAUGGCAAGAUCUUUGUUUGGGUCAAUUCCAUGAUAUCAUCCCUGGUAGUUGUAUUGGUAUGGUUUAUUAUGAAGAAGCUAAACCAAUGUAUCGUAAAUUGUUAGCAAAAGCUGAUAAACUUAUCAAAGAAGCUUUAAAGUCUUUUGAAAAAUCUGAUGAAAAACAAUUUGUUAAUACCUUGCCUUGGUCCAGAGCUGAAGUUAUUGAACUCGAUAAUGUUGAAGAUGCCACUUUGAUCAAUUCAGUGAAGAAAUAUUCUGACUCUUACUCUUACAAUGGUAAGACUUUGGUUUACGUUAAAUCUGAUUCAACCAAUUGUCAAAUUGUUAAUACUAAAAACAAAGAAUUCUUAUACCCAGCUUCUGUUUCUCAAUCUAAAGAAGGUAACUAUAUCUUGUCUAAUAAGGCCUUAACUGCUACUAUUUCUCCAAAUGGUAUUAUAACUUCAUUAUAUGAUGAGGUUAAUGAUCGUGAGAUCAUUGACACUACAGCUACUAAACAAACUAACAGUGAAGUUAUUGGUGGUAAUCAACUUGUUGUUUUUGAUGAUCAGCCAUUACAAUUUCCAGCUUGGGAUACCGAAUUAUAUUCUUUGAACAAAUUUAAAUUUUUGAAUAAUGGUGAAGUCUCAAUCUUGACUAAUGAUAAAUUAGAAUCCUCGCUUUUGGUUAAAAAUAAAAUUCUGGAAAAAUCAUAUAUUGAAACUGUCAUCUCUAUUCAAGGUUUAGACUAUGAAAUUGACUCUUUUGCUCAAAACAAUUUCAUCAAAUUCAAGUCUCAUGUUGAAUGGCAUGAAACUUAUAAAUUUUUGAAAGUCCAAUUCCCAACUACCAUUAAUUCAGCUAGUCUGGCUCUGUAUGAAACUCAAUUUGGUAUCACUGAAAGACCCACCCACUAUAAUACUUCUUGGGAUGUGGCUAAGUUUGAGGUUUGUCAUCAUAAAUUUUUAGAUUUAAGUGGUUAUAACUAUGGUGUUUCUAUUCUCAAUAAUUCUAAAUAUGGUGCUUCUGUCCAUGGUAACUUGAUUAGAUUAUCCUUAUUAAGAUCUCCUAAAGCUCCAGAUGAUAAAGCUGAUAUGGGAUCUCACGACUUCGAAUACGCUAUCUAUCCACACUCUGGUCCUUUAGGUAAUGACACUGUUAAAUUGGCCCAUAACUUUAACUAUAAAUUAGAUCAAUACGUUGAUUCUAAAGUUGACAAGUUAUUACAUGCCAUUUCUUUGCUGAAUAACACCAGUGCUAUAUUAUCUCAUGUCAAGAGAGCAGAAGAUGACGAAGAUGUAAACGUCGAAUACCCUAACUUGGCCAUUCAAAACAAGGGCCAAAAAUCAUUAGUAGUUAGAGUCUAUGAGUCCUUAGGUGGAUCGGUUAACGAAUUCUUGAAAAUUGAUGAUUCUAUCUUGAAAGUAGAUAAAGUUUACUUGACCAACUCUUUAGAAGAAGUCGAGUCAGAAGUCAAGAAGGAAGAAAACGGUUAUCCUGUCAAAUUGAGAGGUUUCGGUUUCGCUACUUAUAAGAUUGUUUUAAAAUAA